UGUAUUUAAUAUUAACCAGCAAUUGCAAAACUGAUGAGAAACAAAAACAAAAAUAGUAACGCGUAAUCUUCUUCUUUCAUCUUCCUUAAAGAUCACUUUGUUUCCUUAGAUCUAUGUUUUUAUUUUUGCAGCGAUAAUGGAGAGGUUACCUGCAGAUCUCUGUCUCAAGGUUUUCUGCUGGUUGGAUCACCAAAACCUUGCAGCUGCUCUCCAAGUUUGCAAGAAGUGGAAGGCUUUGGCCUCAGAUAAUGUUCUGUGGUCUAAUCUCUUCGAGGAGAGAUGGGGAGGAGAUCGGGCUGCUUUCUUUGCCCCUAUUGACUCAAAGUCAUGGAAAGAUGUGUAUGAGGUGCAAGAUCGUUGUGAUCGAGUUGGAUUGGGGCUGAAGAUAAUCCGAGAAGGUGGUGAUUACUAUCUUGUUCACCAAGGGGAAAUCCAAAGAUAUUUAGGUUCGAGGAGACGAAAUGAAAGGGCUAUAAGUUGUCCACCAAGUUCAAAAGGGGAGCUUAUGGCAGAUAGAUCCAUGACAGAUGAGGAAUCCUGCUGCCGAGGGAUAUUGGACAAAAUAUUUUUCUUCAUUGGAGAUCUGGAAGUUGCAUCAACAGAAGCUAAACGUGUUAGGACUCAAUGAGCAGGCAUCAAGAUGCUGUAAAGCACAUUCAAAAUGUGAAAUUUCUCUCUCGCCUGCAUUAGCAUAGAUCCCCAUUAUCGAUGUCUGUAUAUUAAUUUAUUGAAAUAACCCUUCUCUGGUGUUUUGUGUAAAUACUGUCUGCAUUCAUAUUGAAGGUUAAUGUAUUAUUUGCGUGAAAUAAAGUGCAGAGUAGAACGGCU